AUGCUGCACUUCUAUGCGCACACACUGUACAGCAUGCUGCUGUCCUUCUCAUAUCGAUACUACGUGCUCAAUUAUCAGGCACCGUCAAUGAAUAAAAUCAAGCUCAUCAUAUUACUCAUCUACGUGCCGUCAUUCAUACAAAUGGUACAUUUUCAUGAGUUUAGUAAGAAAUUUAUUAAAUUCAAAUUUUUGCUUUUUACUUUUUACCAACCUCAGGUCAUG